GGGCGAUAUGUUCUAUUCCAAACGAUCACUCACUAUACAUAUAUUUAAUCCUUAAUAAAUAGUUUGACAUGGAUUCAAAAGUCAAGUAUCUUCUAUCGCUACGCGCCAUUCGGGAGCGUGCAAAAAUCGUGGAGGAUGCCGCAAGAGCCGGGAAGUUAAACCACUUCGACCUACAUGAAGAUCGAAUGGACGCAGUCGCAGACUUUGUGAGUUCCAUUAUCAAGCGGGAUUUUGGCCCGGAUAAAUUCCAUGAAAUUCCCCCGCAUGGGCGCUGGCAACACUUCGAUGUUGGCAAUAUACCUCGCGUCGCGAAUAUCAUGCAAGAUUGGAAGAAAGAUAACUGUGAUGAUUAUGAAAUAACGCGUCGGCUUAUCGACUUAUUCUUUGUGUCUGUUCUCCUGGAUGCUGGGGCCGGUGACCAGUGGCGGUACAUCGAGCCGGGGACGAACCGGACGUAUGAGCGGAGCGAAGGCCUCGCAGUUGCGUCCUUGCAUAUGUUCAACUCGCUGGCUUUUGCUGCCGAUAAGGCGGGAAAGGCUCCUCGGGUUGACGGGAAGGGGCUGGAGCAGCUAACCACCGAGGUGCUAGCGGAAGGGUUUCAGGUCUCGGGCGGCAAUCCGAUGCUAGGAGUUGAUUCCCGCGCAGCCUUGCUCAGAAGCUUAGGAAAAUCACUGCUCUCUCAUUCUGAAGUGUUUGGGAUUCAAGGCCGCCCAGGCAAUCUUGUUGACUAUAUGGUGAAAUCUGCCGGAAAGUCUUCAGAGCUUGAUAUUCUAGCAUUUUGGGACAUUCUUCAAAACCUCCUGAUCCCCGUCUGGCCCGAAGGCCGUACAACGGUUAACGGACAUCCUAUUGGUGACGCAUGGCCAUUGGGCGUUCUGCAGAAACAAAGGGGCUCUAAUGAUGGCAAUCGCUCCGAAUACAUUCAACCAUUUCACAAACUUACCCAGUGGCUCACUUACUCGCUAAUGGUCCCGUUCCAGCGCGUGCUUGGCCUGCAAUGGACCAACGCCGAGGCACUUACCGCAUUGGCUGAAUACCGCAACGGUGGCUUGUUUGUUGACUUGGGCGUUCUAUCUCUUAAGAAAGAAGCGCUUGAUCGAGGGUUGAAAGCAUCUGGGAGCGAACUGCCACAGUUCGAAGCAGGAGAUGAUGUUAUCGUCGAAUGGCGGGCUAUGACCUUAGUGCUGAUUGAUAGGCUGUACAGCAUGGUGCUAUCUCGUACGAACGGUGUCCAUCUCACUAUGGCGCAGCUCCUUGAGGCGGGGACGUGGAAAUCGGGUCGUGAAAUAGCAGCACAGCGUCGCCCAACCACCAAAUCGAGUCCGAUCGUUGUUAAAAGCGAUGGUACAAUUUUUUGAGUGAUUAUCCAUCAAUGACCAAAUUUAAGUCAUGAGAUUUCUCGUGCGGCUCGGUUGCUGGAGUCGAUAUUUUAGUCCGAUAGGUUUGAAGCCUGUUAAAGAACAGAGGUCCAAUAGAGAAAUCAAAACUUCUUGAGGUGAAGAAUAGUGUUGCGGGAUACUUCGCACAUUUCAUCGAGCGGCAAAAGAACAAAUAAUAACAACGUCGGGGCUAGAUCCUGCUUCAUUAAUUUCUCGAAAAGUGGUAUUUUUAUAUAACUAUGUUCAGUCAGAAAAUAUUUUUCAUUAUGCAGCGCUCUAGCUGCAUGGCAUAGUAGGUGGUUUAACUCGUUCUGCCCUGGCAUGCCUCUAUUGAAGUAUUUCUCGAUAGGGCAUAUUGAAUAGAUAUUCGGCUUGCUUCUACUACAAAUAUCUCUACCCAGUAACAAGGAGUAGUCCGGAACUUAGACUAUGAUGCUUUUAUAAUGAGCUCACUUGCUUCCCAAA